CCCCGCGCCUGGUCGCACCGGGCCCGCUCCUCCGGAGGGGCUGGUGACGUCACCCGACCGCCGCUGACGCCACUGGUGGUGCCGUGACCCAGCCGGUGGCGUCACGGGCAGUGUGGCCGAGGCGCGAGGGCGCGGCCUGCCCUCCCCGCCGGGGUCCGCCCGGUCCGGCCCGGCCCUCGUUCUCCGUGAGGCGGCCGCGGGGACCAGCGGCGGCCAGAGUGACAGCUUCUCCGGGCUCUGCUAGCCAGGACUCCCAAGCGAUCAUGGAGGAUACUACUUUGCAAAUUAUCGAGCCACCAACUGCUUCUGAGGCCUCAGAGGAGCAAGUGCCUGAAGAACCCAUCAAAUCAGACCAGAUCAAUGGUGUGAUGGUGCUGACCCUUCUGGACAAGAUCAUUGGAGCAGUGGAUCAGAUCCAGCUGACCCAAACACAGCUGGAGGAGAGACAGCAAGAGAUGGAUAGCGCAGUGACCAGCAUCCAAGGAGAACUGACCAAGCUGACAAAGGCACACACCACCACCAGCAACACUGUGAACAAGAUGCUGGAAAAAGUGCGCAAGGUGAGCGUCAAUGUGAAAACCGUUCGGCAGAACCUGGAAAAGCAAGCUGGGCAGAUAAAGAAGCUAGAGGCCAAUGAAGCGGAGCUUCUGAAACGCAGAAACUUCAAAGUCAUGAUCUACCAGGAUGAAGUGAAGCUCCCGUCUAAACUGAGCAUCAGCAAGUCUCUAAAGGAGGGUGAAAAGCUGGAGAAGGAAGGUGAGGGUGAGGAGGUGCCUGUGGGUGAGGACCAUGGAGAGGAGGACCACGUCCAGCUCUCCUCGGAUGAAGAGGUGGAGAUUGAAGAGAUUAUCGAAGAGUCACGGGCAGAGCGCAUCAAAAGGAGCGGCAUGAAAAGAGUGGAUGACUUUAAGAAGGCAUUCUCAAAGGAGAAGAUGGAGAAGACUAAGCUAAAGACCAAGGAGAACCUGGAGAAGACCCGCCACAACUUGGAGAAGACCCGCCACAACCUGGAGAAGAGGAUGAACAAGCUGGGCACCAAGAUUGUGACUAACGAAAGGAGAGAGAAGAUGAAGACCUCUCGGGACAAGCUGAGGAAGUCUUUCACCCCUGACCACACCAUCUAUGCCAGGUCCAAGACAGCCGUCUACAAAGUGCCACCCUUCACUUUCCAUGUCAAGAAAAUAAGAGAGGGCGAGGUGGAAGUGAAAGCCACGGAGCUGGUGGAGGUUGGUGGAGAGGAGGGAGAAAACUCGGAUCUGCUGCGUGGUGAGAGUCCUGAGAUGCACACGCUGCUGGAGAUCACAGAGGAGUCCGACGCGGUACUGGUGGACAAGAGUGACAGCGAGUAGGACAGGCUGCAGUGCGGAAGGGUUGUGGACGACGGCUGAACACGUAAUCAUUCACAUUUUGAGAUCUCUCUCUGCCCUGGUGCCCCAGGGAAAGUGUACACAAUGCAUAUUUACUACCCUGCAGAGCCGACGCCAAUCCCCUGCCUGCUUGGACAAGGUGUAUUUUAUAUUUUAGUUUUAGCACACAGAAACGUUAGGAACACGGGACUGUUUUUCUUACACUGUUAAAUCACCCUUGGAGACCAUUCCUGCCGCAGGCUGCGUGAGAGCCUUCUAGCACCAGACCUGAAGACGGGCUUUGAGUGACGGGGACCCAGUCCAGCUGGAGCGUGCUAAAACCAAGAUAACGGCUGUACACCUGGAAAGCUCAAGUGUUCUCCAUAAGCAAAGACCUGGUGUCAAGAAAGCUUCCUACCAAGCAGCCCGCCAGCCCACACCACCCCAGCUCCCUGUGCCAGGCUGCACGGCCAUCCCUGCAGGCAGGAAGACUCCUAGCACCCAAGCUGGCCACCCCUUUGGGGGAGCAGAGGAACUGUGAUGCACCCAGCGUGCGGGAGGGAAGAGCUGAGCAAGUCCUGCUGAUGGGCAGAGUGUGGGCGAAGCUGAGCCAGCCGCAUGGCACGCAGGCAGGUCUGCUCCUCUCUGCCCUCCCGAGGACUGGAUUAUGUGGUGGUGCCUAGGACGGCUUCGCUGAAAAGCUGCCCCGCUGCCGGGACUGCCGUGGGUGCCCGCGUGCACAUCACACAGCCAGGGUCCACUGUUCCUCCCCACUGCGCUGGGGCCGUUGCUGCGACAGCCCCGGGGCUGCGGCAGGAGCAGCGCGGGCCACACGCUCCCCUGCCCGGGUUACAGAUCUGGCUGCCAGAGGCCCAGCAGCCGUGGGCGAGUCCUUGCCAGGGCAGGGACCACCAUGGAGGUGGGGUGCUGGAUCUGGUCCCUCCACACCUGCAGGGGUGGUGGCAGCAGGCAGCAAGGUACAUGCUCACUGCCCAGGGAGAGGGGAUGUGCAGGCAGCUGUGCUGAAGCAGUCACCACCGGCUGCAGCUUGUUUCCAGAAGGAUAUGGGAUGUGCCGAUGCCAUGUGAGGAUCUUGACUGUCAGAGAGCAGCCUUGACACUGGUCCAGCACCGGACCUUGAGUAUUUCUGAGCAUCUGCUUCCUCCAGGGGUCCCGGCACGGCUCAGGCUCGUGCCCAGGUCCUGCGCUUUCCUCCCCGUUUCCUGCUUUCUGCAGCUUCACUCCCUGUCCCCUGCAGCAAGGCAGCACUAGGAUAGCACACCACAGCUUGAGGGCACUGCCCUGGCUCAGCCCGGGGCUGCCACACUCCGGCUCUCAUAUAGGCAGCCACCGCCGCAGCACGACCCAGCCCUGCAGGAGCAGGCAGCAAGGCAGGAGGCUGUGUGCCUCGAUGGCUUUGCCCGGGGAGGCUGAUCCUGGCGGGCAGGCGAGGGAGGGACCCGGUCGUGCUCAUCCCCGUCUGCUUGCCGGGCUCAGCCCUCCUCUGUGACCGCAGUUGCUUUCCUCCCCAGCCCGCUCCCCCCAGGCAGCAGGGAGGGCUGCUGUUGCUAACAUAACCAAAUAUAUAAACUUGCUUUUCCUCUAA